UCGGCGCCAGCUGAUUCAUGUUUUUGAUAACACAUAAUAUAUAGAGAGUAGUAUUAUUAACAAAUUUUAUUACUGUUGUUUUAUUUAUUUUUCUGUUCUGAAAUGUAAAAUGGAUAUCGACCCUCAAUACUUUUUUAAAGAGCUAAGUUCGUUUUUAAACGAUGAUGUAAACGGUCCUCGGGAAACUCAUCGUCUUUUAGAUACUUUAAACAGAAAUUUAAUAGAAGAGCAAAUAGACUCUUCAGUUAUUGAUAUUUACUUGCUACACAUAUUCCACACUCACGAUGGCCUGCUACAAUUCAUCGAGACAGCCGUUAAGAACAAAAACUUCAAUAAUGCCUCCAAAGUCGCUGUCGAUAUUUUAUACACAAUCGUUAACAACUUUCCCUCGAAGGUCCCCGAUAAAGACAUUCUGUCCAUAUUCACUCUCUGCACCAAAAUCUUGAAAUCGAACACAGACGGGUUCGUCAAAGUUAAACUGUUCCAGUUGCUGCUGGUUAGUUUGGAGAAAAGCGACAGCUGGGUCGAUAGUAAAAAUGCUGCUUCUGUUGUCGAAGACUUGUUGGGGGCCCUUCUCCAUGCCGUUUCCCAGAAGCAUAGUGAUUCUGUUAAAAGCAAAGAACUAACGAUCCUAGGAUUUUUUGCGAAAAAGUAUCCUUAUUUCAUUCAAGAUUCCCGAGGAAUCCAGCAGUCUUUCUGGAGAAACUUUGAAAUUCACGUUGCGGUGCUUCCCUUUAAAAAAGUUACUCAAAAUGUUAUAGAAGGGUUCUUCGUUGGAUUCAAGUAUUUCCUCGAGAGUUUCCCUCUGAAGGUCGGAACGACCGAAUAUAAAAAAAUAGUUGAAAAUCUGUACAAGACCAUCAAAAUCCUUGUCGUUCCAAAGGAAAGGAUAAGGUUGGGUAACAGGGCUGCCAUGCUUUUUCUGGCCAACAACACUGCUCUAUUCGAAGAGAACCUUCUGGCUGAGUAUGAAUUUUGGCACAGGAAACUCACAGAUUGGUUAACGAUGGGCUCGGACGAUAGAAAAGCGGGAGUUGCUGUGGUGAGAGCUUUCUUACAAAACGUAGCUACCACUCUAUGCCAGAAGGAGGGAGAGGAAUGGAAAAAAAUUGUGGUUCACUUCAACAAUCACAGCAAGUCCAUAUUAGAGUCGAAAGAAUCAUCCAACUCCGAAAAACGUCUCGCAAUCUUCUGUCUUCAACAAUUCGCUCCCGCGUCUUACAAACACCUCCCUUCCGAAGAGGUCACAAGUCUGUUCCUGACCAUAAUGCAGAACUUUGAAGAAACUUACAUCCUCAACUACGACCCGCAGAGUGAACAGUGGGAGUACCUUCCGGACUACGUGCAGGCCGUCGCCAAUUUUAUGACGUUCAAGGAGUUCACGACGAGCGAGUUUUUUUGCCUGCAGCGAGCGACCAUCAACAUGAUCAAGAGUUUUCAUCAGUUACCGAUUCUGCACUUCGAGCUGGUCGUCGAUGCUCUUGUCAUGACGCUGUUUCAUUUGAGGAAGACGAAGUUUUUUGAUGUUUUUGUGGAGAACGUUAUUUAUCAAGGUGUGGUUUGGUCCUGCUCCCACCAACACAUAUCCAAUGAAGCCUUUUCUGAAGAAACAACACAGAAGACAGUAACAGUCAAGAACUACUUUCCUCUGUGGACCGGCAUCCUGAACCUAACCUCAAACCGUGUCUACGACAAACGAGGCUUCGGCUUGGAAGACCGCAAGUAUGUCCUCGAAAGAACCGUUAACGAACUUGUGAAGACACUCAUGAUGCUUAUUAAUAAACUGAACGUAUCUGUGAAACUCAAAGGUGAUGAUGUAGUUACUACAGAUGUCAGUCAGGCUUACACUACCGAGGCUACUAACGACUACGCGAUUUUCCUGAACUUGGUAGACUUUUACCAGGAGAUUUUCGAGAAAGUCAAGCCGACUAUGUUCAGGAAGUGCAUCUGCAAAAUCGUGACGCAUCUCGUCGAUAAAUGUUUGAAGUACCCGCUCACCAGCGGAUUCUAUAAGCUGUUGUCCUUCAGCUUGAAAAUCGCUAAAAAUCUAGAGCUGUUCUCAACUCAUCCUGACCAAGAUAUUGGCUACAGUACCAGUGCUCGAGGCCCGGACGUUGAUAACUGUCAAACUACGCUGUCAACUUUUUUGGCGCUCCUGCUAAAUAAAAUGCCGGAAUUCAAGGAUGAGCUACUGAUAUCAUGUCUGCAGGUUUUGCUAGGAACUCCUGUCGUUGUUAUUAAAGACGCGCUCCCGUCGUGCGUUGUGCCUUUGAUUAACGUCUUCGAAGUGGGAAGGAGCUACCUCCCGCUCGCUCGCAUGGGACUGCGGACUUUGGAGUACUGGCAGGAAAAUAUAGAACCGGAAGUGCUAGAACCGAUCUUGAUGAAAAUCAUCCCCAGUUUAGACAGUUUUUUGAGGAGUAAGUCUCUCAGGGGGUUAGGUCAGGGUAUCGUCGAGAAGCGAAGGAAGACCCAGCAGGCUAUCAAAAAAAGGAAGGUACUGCUUGAGGUGGAGCCGGAACUCGUGACGUUGCAGAGAGAGAUUCUCUGUUUCAUAGGGAGGCAGAGCUUGAGGAACUUGCAGGCUUUUAUAUUUUCGAACGACAAUCACGUUCGUAACCUCAUUUCCGGUAGGGAUUCUCAUCUGAGAGUUACGUUGCUCUACGAAGAUUUGCAGUUGAAUGUUCACUUGGAUAGUUUUUUGCCGAGGAUCAUCGAUUUGGCGCUACAUUCCAGCGAUAGGAAGACUCGGAUAACGGCGUGUGAGUUGCUGCAGGCCUGCGUGAUGGUUUUUUUGGGAAGAGCUAAACCGAUGAGUCAAUCAGGUCUCUCAGAGAUGAAUAAUACGCUAAAAACCCUCGCGAUUCCUCUACUGCAGCUGGCCUGCGAUAUCGAUCAAGUGGUAGAACAAAUAUUUCAACCGCUAUUUCUGCAACUCGUUCAUUGGUAUACAUCACCUACUCAAUCAAGGGGCCCGCACACGGCAAUCAUCAUAGAUACAUUGAUGGAGGGCAUUACGCAUCCUACCAACUCCAGCCUGAGAGAUUUUGCAGGGAAAUGCGUGAAGGAGUUCGUCAAAUGGACUAUAAAGCAAGCAAACGAAAACAGCAUAGCUAGAGAUCCCAUCAACAUCAAAAUUCUCGUGAAUAACAUGAGAUUCUUUAGUUCUCACCCGGAUUCUGCUAAAAAACUUGGCGCUGCCUUGAUCUUUAACAACAUCUACCGCGAACUGCGAGAGGAAGAUGCCCUCGUGAGCAUCUUCUGGCUCGAAAUCUUGCACAUAUUCGUUCUCAGUCUCUCUACGGUCAUGUCAUUCGAAGAAACCACCACCGUCGUUCAGAUCAAGCACGCUUUGCGACACGUUGAGAGAGUAUUCGUAGAAAAGCGGUUUAUUUUUCGAGAACACGACGAAAAACGACGAAUUCCGAACGAUUUUCGCUCAGGUUUGCUUCGUGACGUUGCCGUUUGGGUUCUCGAACGCUCUGGCAGCAUGACAAAGCACUGUCGCGACAUGUGCAUGGAACUUUUUUCGAAUCUCGCGCCAUUGUCUAGCGACGGAAAGAUGAGCGUGCAGAGUUUUGUAGCGAAAAACUUGGAUCACAAACUCUCACACGUUUUUGACGGUUUGGUGAGCAGGUUUGAGGAUUUAAAAGCUGACGGAUGUCACGUGCUCUUGAAGUGGUUGCAGGGGCUUUUAAGCGCCUUGGAUGGCUAUCAUUUUAUAGUCAGAAACAAUCUGGAGAGUCUCAGCUUCGACAACAACGCCCUCUUCGGGGAAAUGGAGUAUUUCUUGAAACACUUCCAGUCGAUUGAGAUAACCGAGGCCCUUAACUUGAUUUCGCACCAGACUUGGAUCUUUACAGCCAUGGAUAGGGAUCAAUAUCGUAUUUUAAAAGCUGCGUGCUGUUUAUCAAUCCUGAGGCUAUACACCUCUCUCUUGCGUGACGAAUCGCUCUGCCAACAGUCUGUAAGUUUAUGGGGAGGCGAUUUCUGGAAGCUGUUGCUCAACGUGUUGUUCCAUCCCCAGUUCUUAGGACUAAACGAUGUUUUACACCCUAACUAUUCCGAAUUGCUCGAGGUCUUGCUCAACACUCUCCCCAGAAAGCUGGCGGGAUCUAAAGUAACCGAGUUGAAGGUUGCUAUCACUACUCUUAUCGACAGAGAGUUCGACGCCACUGUGGAUUUAACAAAAAGCGUGUCGCUCAAACAAAGAAACGUUUUGAGAGGGAUUGCUACAAUUGCUGCAACCAGUUUCAACCAAAUAAUCCAAGUAGAGAGCUACGCUACUGGCUUGAUAGAUACAUUAGCUAUAGCUUUCCAUAAGAAUUCCAGUGACGACGGGGCGGUUCUUUUCAUUAACGAGAUCCAAGAUACAACUCUCUCCUACGUCACUACCUUGCUGAAAUUCUCUCUGAGACAGCGUAACGAGUUGGCAGCCUUGAUCGACCGCUUGCAUGAGAAACGCGUUGUUCAGUGCAUGGAGUUCACCAGAGAGACCAGCUUUGGCUUGUAUUUUUUGAGUAUUUUCUCGGAAGCGGUUUUGCCAGUUAUCGCACGAGAUUUCGACUCGUUUUUAACUCUCUCGCUGGCCAAGAACAACUUGGAGGUGAGUGUGGAACUGAUUCGUUGUGCUCUGUCGUUGAUGUUGAAGGAGAAGGCGUAUAGGAGUUUUUACAAGGAUAUAGUGAAGUGUUUGGUGAAUCAUUGGCAGCCAUUUGCUGAAUACUUCGAGGUUAAUGAGAACAAAACGCGUGACGGUCUGGAAUAUGUCAAAUUACUGGUGGAGAUGAAUAAGGCGAGUUGUAAGAAGAUUUCCAGUUGGUUGGUGAAAUGUUUGUUGGAAGGAAAUGGAAGUAACGAUCUGGAGACGUUUGAUCUCUUGGUGUCAACUGCCUCAGAUGAUGCUACUGAGGAGCAAACCAACGAACUGAAAACCGCUUUGACAGUCUUCAAUGAUCGCAUACCUAUUGUAACUGAUUCAUCUACCAAAACCGCCGCCGUUAACAAAAUGUUAACAUCCUUGCCAUUCGUGCGAUCUCUUCCGAUAUUCGAGUUUCUGAUAUCGCAUUAUCUCAAUUCUGAAAUCAACGUAGAGAAAUUCCAUUUGCUAUCAAGUCUAGCGAGAAGCAUCGACGAGAGUUUGCAACGGAAAAUACUCGCCAAAGUUUAUUCGAUGUGCUGCGACCAAGAUAUCGCGUUCAGCAGUCGCUAUAAGGUCGCAACGGAAGUAUUGCCUCCGUUGUUCCAAAACAGCAGUUUGUCUGUUUUUGAAGCAUUCUACGUGGAGAAUAUAGAAGCUAUUUUAAGGAAACUGGAAGAGAGAGACCUGGAGUUGGCUACAAUUCACUUCACGCUAGUCGAGGUUUUGUUUUUACGAAUUCCGAUAGGCACACCAGGUCGGGCGGCUUGUCCUAUUUCCGUUUCGGCGAAGAAACCGAAGCUUCUGGCAGUUUUUGCUGGGAUGGCGUUGAACGCCUUCAAGAUACCAGCUAGAACGGAAACAGCAAGGAAAUACAAGUGCCACGCGUACAACGCCCUCGCAUCGAUCGUCAGCAACUCUCUCAGGAAGCCCGACUUCUACGACAAGCUGUUCGUGAGACAGCUUGACGGCCAGGACGUCCUGUGGUGCGGCAUAGUCAACACCGAAGUCGUAUACGACUUCCCCGUACUUUUCGACUCCGUUCCUCACCAGAGGAAGGUCCUGGUGAGCAUCAGGGACGAAUUGCGAAGGAAACUCCUCGGAGAUAACGCCCAGUCCAAGUCGUUGAGGUACAUCGAGUCGCAGAGGCUUUUCAACAGUUCCCUAAGCGAGGACGUUACGAAUUUCGACUUUACCAAUUCCGUGUUGCGCCUCCAGGGAAAGGUCAUCGAGAAGGCGGAAGACGUCGUUGGGGUUCAGAGUCUGAUACAUCUGGACGCGACGGAGAUCAACGCGCAUGAGUGUAUGGGCACGAUUUGCGGGUUGAUUCGGCACAUUUUCGAUACCGGCGUCAGCGAACUGCCACUUGAAGGAGAGGAGGAUAUUAUGUUACCAAAUUGGAUGAAUGGUAUUAGAACAACACUUCUAAACGAAAAAACCCACAAUAAUGUGAAAUUUUUUCUCGUCAAAGUCAUCGAUAACAUGAAGGAUAUUUUCAACCACUAUUCCAAAUGGUUUUUGGAACCUUUGAUGCAAUUUAUCGUAGACAAAUGUGCCGGAAAUGAAAUAAACUAUUUUGUAACAGAUGUGCUGGUGAUCCUAUCCCAAUGGGCAUCUCAAGUAACAAAUCUUUCCGAAAAGGAGAAACUCCUAGGAACAGAGAUGCUGGACUUUCUAAUCAAGAACCUAACCAAAGAAAGGCAAGACGUCUUCAAAUACAACCUGGAUAUUCUCAAGAUGAUAGUGGAGUCAUGGAAGGAUUAUCUCACCGUACCGACUUCCUCACUUGUUGACCUCAUCUCUUCUGAGGGCACUGCAGAAGUCGGUAUACACGUUUCGUCGGUACUACUGGUAAACGAUCUCAAGCCUUGGGAAGAGGGCGAAGAGCGGGAUUUCUUGAAUUUGUUGUUGCGGAGGAUGAAAUCUCCCAGCAAGUCAACGUACAGGCCUUGCGCCGAAACUGUAGGGCUGAUGCUGCGUAUCUUGAAUGACGAUCAGUACAACGAGGUGGUGGAUUCUAGUUUGAAGGUGAAUUCGAAUAUGGAGCACUAUGUUCUCUGUCUCGAAGGAAUCGCAAUACAUUUCCCACAACUAGUUGACUCGUACCACAUCGCUAAGCUAAUCAGCCCCCUGAACCAAGUACCGGAUGCUCAAAAAAUAGUCCACCUAAAAAUAAUCUGCAAACGCGUAGCUAUUUCGCUGGAUAUCCUCGCAGAAACUAACGAUUUCAAAAUCGUGAGCUGGGAUCAGUUAUUGGAACACGCCAAUUUGGAGAUUCAGAUCGUAACGUUGGAGAUCAUGAAGAAGUGCUUAAACGUGUUUAUCGACUAUGACAUUUGGCACUAUGUGGUCAAGACUCUGAGUAGGAACGUAUCGAAUGUGAACGUUUUGUAUCGAAGUUGCGUGUACGACAUUGCCAUGCAGGUUUAUAACAUGAAGAGGGAUGAUACGGGGUCGUGCAAGGAGAUGCUGAUAUAUGGGCUGAACGAUUGUGAUAGAGACAAUAGGGAGAAGGUUACCAAAUUUUGGGCCGAGAACCCGUCUUUGCCAACCACCAUCAUACAGAGGUUUCCUUUUCUCCUGUCGGAAAUCUACAAAUCGAAGAUAGAGGACAAAUUUUUGGGUUAUGUAACUUAUUUCCUGAUCCAUUUGCUGACUCGCUACGAAGCCUACGAAGCCAAAGUUUUUGAACACCCUUUGGAAGAUUGCGACUUCGAGGAUUACAGGCUGCAUACCAACUGGAGGCUACAGCAUCCUUCUGUUGUUCCCAUGUUUGCAGAAACUCUACAGACCUACGAUCCAAGCGACAAUCAAGACGAAGGAGAUCCUUUCCAACUGAGACAGACGGUAACGACAUUCGAUUUCGUACCCACACAAAGCUUGCAGGAGCAACAGCUAAUGAGCUACACGAGUUUGGAGACCUCUUUGUCCAUCAGCAGCAGUGCCAUCAAAAACCCCAAUUUCACCAUCCUGUCACAGAAAUACCGAAUCCCCAGGAGGCGUUUCUUGAGAGACAAAGCAAAAAUAUCCAUCAGCCACGCUCACUUCGAGACGAAGAAGCAGGUCAAGAAGGCGCAGAAGAGGAUAGAUUCGGCAGUAGAAAGAGAGAGGAAUGUGACUAUUUACAGGAGUUACAGGAAGGGGGACUUUCCUGAUAUACAGAUAGCGCUUUCGUCUGUUUUGAAGCCAUUGCAGAUGUUGGCAUUGCACGAUAACGAGAUAUCCAAACUCCUCUUCCUGGAGAUCUUCAAAGGGAUCGCUUCGAAAGCCGAAGACAACCAAAUUUUUCUAGAAACCGUUUCCAAGAGCAUCAAAGAAAUCUUCAACUCCUCGACACAGUUCAACCCUCAUCUUUUUGCCGCAUUGCUCGACAUUCUGCUAAAGAACAAAAGCAAGAUUGCGUUCGAUCCACAGCUAGUUUGUUACGUGUCACAAGAGAGCGGUUUGGUAUCGACGGGGGCGUUGCUGCUCGAGGAAUACAUCAUUAUGAUGGACGAAUUGCCGACCAGCAGUAAGAGAGCUGUCGGAGAGGACACCAAGGAAGCUCUGUAUUGGGUCAAACUAGCAGAACUCUACAAAGAAUUGGGAGAAUGGGACACAGUCCGCGCUAUAUUCCUGGAGAAAAUGAACUGUCACGAAGCGGUCCACAAAGCCAUCAAGUUCGAAUCUGAAUCGAACCAUCGCAACGCUCAAGACCUCUACAAGCGUCUCAUUGAUAUCGAUCUGUCCCCUCACCGCAAAGACUUCUACUACGAGUCAUACUUCAAGUGCUUUGCCGAGAUGGGACAAUGGGAUGAGCUUCCGGAGUUCAUCGGCUCCGUUGUGGAAGGGGGAAACACUUGGGACGCCCUUUGGGACAACGGGUGGAACCAGCAGAAGCUGCUUCCCUGGUACGUGAAGGCGAAUGUGAAGAAGGACCUGAACACAGGGCGCUGGGAUGGAGAAUUCCUGAAGGAUAUCAACAGGUGUCUUUCGGACCACGAAAAGAGCGAAUACCUCCGAGCCAACUUUUCCGAAGAACUGUUCAUAAUGUGGCUGAGUAAAGGUGACAUACCAGCGGCCAAACUGUAUCUGAAAACUUGCGUCAGUCAAUUCUUGGAAACCUGGCAGCUCACCAAUACGAUGUUCCAGUCGUUACGCUUCCAGAAACUUUUGAAUCUUCGGAACGUCAUCGAAGGAGCCGAUUUCAUCGCCACCUUGAAGCGACUGAUGGAAGAUCCGGAAGGGUUGUUGACGAACCUCGCCGAUAGAUGGCGAAAGUUUUCGGAGGAUGUCUUUCCCACGGUGCUGCUGAACGAAACUAGGUUGCUGUACAGGAAGCAGUUCGUGAAGCUGCUGAACGACAAGAUAUCUGGAAUGAAAGGUCUGGAUUUGAAAGAACACAUGAAGAAGUUGCGAAUUGCGGUAGUCAUGAUGGAUAUCGAUUUCAUCAAGUUCGCUGCCAAUUCAAACAACUAUUAUUUUGCCAGGAAAUAUUUCAUGCCUUAUCAAGGAAAACAGAAUCUAAAACUGAAUAUAGCAUAUGGAAAUAUAGCUCUGGCGAAAACCAAACUGGCCGAUAACGUGAAAGAUGAAGUCAAGUGGACUAUACCUGCCGUGGAUACUUUUACAUCCAGCAUGAAAAAUAGCCAGGAUCAAAUGAUCAACCUGUUGUGCAGUUCGAAGCUGUUUGAUAUAUAUUCCAAACUAUCAUGUACUUUCGUGAAAAAUCCCGAACUCUUCAUCGAAUAUAAGGAACAUCUCGCUGAGAAACUGCAAAAUAAAAUAUCUUCUCCUAGCGAUAUCGAAAUUUGUGCCCGUCAAUUGCUGAGAAGGGCCAUUGACGGCAUUGAUGAGGACAUGGAAUGCGACAACUCCAAGAACGAGGACAAACAGAAGGAAAUAUCAGGGGCUUACGUCAAGCUCGCGCAUUUCAUCCGCGAUAGAGAUGACGAGGGUCUACAAGGUGAUUUUAUUCUGUUCGUGUUGAGAGCCAUGAGAAUGAACUCUUCCGAAGGGCGACAGUUGUUUCCGUGCGUAUUGAUGCAGAGCAAGCUGGGAAGUGAGCACAAAGCUAUGUUUAUGAAAGAGAGUGAAAAAAUUCCAACUUGGAUGUUUUUGGGAUGGAUACCCCAAUUAUUAGCUAACGUGGACUCUCCAAAAAUUUGUGCAAUUUCAAAAAUAAUCGAGAGAAUCGCAGAAACUUAUCCCAAAGCCAUCAUGUAUCCUUACAGGCUUAGCAAAGAGAACUAUAAAUUUAAUGAUGAAAACAUCAAAUCUGAAGUUCAAAAACUCACAGAUAGAUUGGACGAACUUUUACUGAAAGACGAGGCGGUGAACAAAUUUUUGAGGGCUUUGUCUUACGUUAGCUUACCUGUCGUAAUCGUGAGAUAUUAUGUUACUAAAAUGAUGAAAGCUGACAGUUUGGAAGAAUUCAAAAGCAUUCAGAAUUCCGUGAAGGAUGACUUUUUCGUAGAACUUUGUGGUUCCAAGAACCCCGAAAACAUGCAAGGAAAUAUGUUCAAAGAAAUUCAGACGUUCAAAAAGGAAUUCUUGAAGCCUGCUGAUACUCCUCUUGCGGUGGCAAAGAAAAACUGGGAGAAAACUAGGACUAAACUAAGGGACCCCUUAAGGUUGAACAAGCAUUCCUCUCUCCUCAAAGACUACUGUCCAUGGUUGGCUAAUUUCUCAGCCAACAAACUCAAUGUCGAGCUAGAAAUACCGGGCCAAUACGAUGGGAAAAAGUUGCCGCUUCCUCAACACCACGUAAAGAUUUCAGGAUUUUGCCCAAACGUUAAGGUUAUGGAUUCGCUACGCAGACCGAUCAAAAUCACCAUGCUCGGCAUGGAUACUAAAGAAUACCCUUUCUUGCUGAAGUUCGGGGAAGAUAUUCGUCAGGAUCAGCGCAUACAGCAACUUUUCGGUAUGAUGAACGACAUUUUCAAAAGCGACACGGGUUGUGCCAAUAAUGGUUUAGAGGUAUUGACAUAUGAGGUUGUACCGCUGACCUCGAACCUUGGUAUCAUUCAGUGGAUCGACAACACUCAACAGCUGAAGGACUUCUUGAGUAAUUCGAUGAAAAAUCAAGGAACUUUCAAAAAAGUGUUCGCCAAGUACGUAAACGCUCUGCCCAAGGGAAAAAGUUACUUUCAAGUGUAUGGUAGCAACGCAGUUAGAACAGAGAAGGAUAAAGUGAUCGCGUUUUACAGAAGUUUAGUUCACGAGAUUCCCUGUGAUUUGCUUAGGACCUCCUUCUGGUCAUUGAGCUCCAGCACCGAAAACUACAUAGCGCUGCGCGCCAACUUCAUAAAAACCUACGCUGCCUUAUGCGCGACUCACUGGCUACUGGGCAUCGGCGAUAGACACCUGGGCAAUUCCCUGAUCUGCCUGGGCAAUGGCAAGGUUCUCGGUAUCGACUUUGGCCACGCCUUUGGCACAGGUACUCAGAUACAGGAAGUGCCUGAAUUGGUGCCGUUCAGGCUGACGCCACACAUCGUCUCUCUGAUGGAGCCUCUUGGAGAGCGGGGCCUCUUUAGGCAGUGCUUGGUGCAUUGCUUGAAGGCAUUGCGGGUCAACGGGGCCUCUUUGUUGGCCACCAUGAACGUUUUCAUCGAGGAGCCCUCUUUGGAUUGGUUGGAAAACGCAAAGAUGUUUGAAGGAGCAGAUUCAUCCGAGGAGCAACCGCGGUGGUACCCCAAAGUCAAAGUAGAGCAGGCCAAAAGGAAGCUGUACGGCGCUAGUUCAACGAAGAUAAUGGCCGAAGAGUUGAUCGCCGGCACGAGGGACGAGGAGUACACAGCGGCGUACGUGCGGCACGUCAAGGGGGACCUGGAUCGAAAUGUAAGAGCCAAGUUCGCUGACAGAGAAGAUCUAUCGCCUGAAGAGCAGGUUGACUGCUUGAUCGAUCAUGCUACCGACUGCAACCUGCUCGGAAGGAUGUUCGUUGGGUGGGCGCCCUGGGUUUAGGUCUGGCGUGCGAGCUGGAGGGCUGUGAUGUUUUUCGUAUAUCAUCAUUUACGUGAUGAUUUUGUGGAUGUUUUUUAUUAAAUACUGUUCUUGUA